AUGAUAUCCUUUAAAAAUAACUUUAUAUGCUACAUAUUUAUACUUUUUACAAUAUUCCAAAAUAUAUUGGCCAAACGAUCGCUUAUGGCCACCUCGUUGGUUUCCUGUAUGGAAAACUCGUUGUUAACUUCUGAUAGUUUUGAUGUUAAAUUUAAUCCUGAUGAUGGAUCUCUACACUAUAAUUUAGAUUUAACGACAGAAAUAGACUCAUUUAUUUAUGCAGAUAUAGACGUUUAUGCGUAUGGGUUCAAAAUUAUUACAAAAAAUGUUGAUCUUUGUGAAAUCAAUUGGAAACAAUUUUGUCCUGUUCACCCAGGGAGAAUACAAAUCGAAUCUAUUGAAUAUAUCUCUAAGGAUUUAAUAGAUGAAAUCCCAAAUAUAGCAUACGAAGUACCUGACAUCGAUGCUUAUGUAAAAGUCAAUGUCCAUUCCGUAAAUACAACAGAUUAUUUAGCAUGUAUUCAGGUGUUUUUCUCUAACGGAAAAACUGUAUCUCAAACUGGUGUCAAAUGGGCUACUGCUGUUGUUGCUGGUAUCGGGUUAUUGCUAUCAGCAUUAUUGUCAACCUUUGGUAAUUCUACUGCUGCCUCACAUAUCUCUGCUAACACCAUGUCUCUUUUCCUUUAUUUUCAAUCUGUUGUAGUCGUAGCAAUGGAACACGUUCAUAGAGUCCCACCAAUUGCUGCAUCCUGGGCAGAAAAUUUAGCAUGGUCAAUGGGAUUAAUCAAAGUGGACUUUAUGCAAAAGAUUUUCCGUUGGUACAUUGAUUCCACUGGUGGUACAUCGUCAUUGUAUAUGACAUCCACUACUAAGUCUGUUCUAACUCAGAGAUCUCUUGACUAUACUAUGGACUUACUAAAAAGAACCAUAAACGUCCUCUAUGGUAAUAGAAAUACUAUUAUUUUCAGAGGUAUUAGGAGGUUAGGAUAUGCUAUGGGUAUCGAAGAUACAUCAAUAGUUGCCACUGGUUUUACGUUCUUUGUUUUAUGUGGCUAUGUACUUGCUGGAUUCAUUAUUGUUGUAAAAUAUUCCAUUGAUUUAUCUGUUCGAUUGGGUUGGUUAUCAAACACAAAGUUUCGUGAAUUUAGACUGAAUUGGAAAAUUAUUCUAAAGGGUGCUUUAUUAAGAUAUAUCUAUAUUGGAUUCACUCAAUUAACAAUCUUAAGCUUUUGGGAAUUUACCGAAAGGGACUCUGCCGCAGUGAUUGUGAUUGCAUGUCUUUUCUUAAUUCUAUCUAUUGGCUUAAUGGCUUGGUCAAGUUUUAGAACGAUAUUUUUUGCAAGAAAAUCUAUCCAGCAGUAUAACAAUCCUGCCGCUCUAUUAUACGGGGAUGAUUUUAUCUUGCAUAAAUAUGGGUUUUUUUACACCAUGUUUAGUGCACCAUAUUAUUGGUGGAAUGUUGUUUUACUUUCUUAUGUUCUUCUAAAAUCGCUAUUUAUUGGGUUUGCACAAGGCUCAGGAAAGACACAAGCUUUGGCUAUUUUUAUCCUAGAUUUGGCUUACUCCAUCGCUAUUAUUCGUUAUAUGCCAUAUUUAGAUAAACCAACAAAUAUUAUCAAUAUCCUUAUUAGCAUAGUCACAUUGGUGAAUUCCUUUUUAUUCCUUUUCUUCUCAGAUUUGUUUGGCCAACCAUACACAGUCUCAGCUGUUAUGGGCUGGAUUUUCUUUAUCUUGAAUGCAGCAUUUUCAUUUGUUUUAUUAAUGAUGAUUUUAACAUUCACUGGCAUGAUUAUCUUCUCCAAGAACCCUGAUUUAAGAUUCAAACCAGCUAAAGACGAUAGAACAUCUUUCCAAAGACGUAAUGUUACCUCUGAAAUGACUCAUAUCCUUAAAUACGAUAUUGAUCAAGAUAAUAAAUCUGGCAAGAAUACUGAAAAGACUGCAUUACAAGAGUUAGCUGCGUUGGGCCAAGUGGCAAGGGAACAUGAUGACCAUUGGGAAGAUACUUUUAAUGAAGAUAAUGAUAUAAUCACGAGUUCUUCAGGAACAAUGGAAAAAUCAAACAAGCUUUCACCAUUUAUUCUAGAAAGUUCACCACAUGCCAAUGAGAAAUCACCAUUUAUUGCUGAUGAAGAACACCAAAACUAUGUAAAUAUCCCUAACUCUAGUGUUACACCAAUGGAAAGAGAGAUAAGUUACCCAUUCCAUUCUGAAUCCACUAGUAUACCCUUAAAUCCAAAUUCUCAUGAAAAUAUCACCACUGAUGAUAAUACUGAUAACAACACUAGUUUCCAUGGUGAAAUGGGAAUUGAUCAAACAAAUGACAUCUUAUCCCAUAAUAACAACAUAUUGAAUCCAUUUAACAGUCAAAAUAACCAUAUUUCAGAAAAUAUAAUAUGA